CAUAACAUCUGGAGUGCCAAAGGUUCGCCACCACGGCCCUAUGAGAAGGCCCUUUGUGAGUUUGUGCUACUGUUGAUUUUAAUUUAUUUAUUAUUUAGAUUUAUUCCUUCACAACAAUCUCAUAUGUGGUAUGACGAGAACCAGCACAAGGCUGACAGGUCUGUUUCCUUCCUCUCCUGUCUACCCCCCCCCCCAGUUGGUCCUCCAGCCCAGUUUGGCCCACCUGAUGCUCCUUGAAGGCGGAUGUUUUUGGGACCGGCUGCCACAGGAGGCCCCACUGCAGCCACCCAGAGAAAGGAAGCUCGAGCAGAAUGUGCGUGGUUCUGCAGGCCCCGCGUCCCUUGCUGCAGCUGACGUUGGCCAUUGUCAAGCCGAACGCCGUGGCCCAUCCUCUCAUCCUGGAGGCUGUGCACAAGAUCAUCUUGAGCAAUGAGUUCUUGAUUGUCCGGAGCAGGGAUCUGGCGUGGAACAGGCAGGACAGCCAGCAGUUUUACAGGGAACACUCAGGUCACUUUUUCUACCAAAGGCUGGUGGAGUUCAUGGCCAGCGGUCCAAUGCGGGCCUACAUCCUGGCCCACGAGGAAGCCAUCCCUUUCUGGAGGUCUCUGAUGGGCCCCACCAAAGUGUUCCGCGCCCAGCACACGGAUCCGGACACGAUCCGUGGGUCCUAUGGUCUCACAGACACUCGGAAUUCGGUGCAUGGCUCAGAUUCCGCGGCAUCAGCCCGGAGGGAGAUUGCUACCUUCUUCCCGGAUUUCUGUGAGGAGGACUGGUACCGGCACGAGGAACCACACUUGCGCUGCGGGCCAGUUUGCUAUGAUGCCACGGCGGCCAUUCACCGCGUGCCAGGAGACGGAUGGACAGAGAAGGAUUAAAGGCAUGGGGGGGGGGGGGAGGGAUUUGUGUACAUGGAGCCACAGUCCUCUUCGCUCCAGCAAACAAGCGCCAGCAAGAAAUGUAUUUGUACAGAUUCAGAUUAGAACAGGCCGCUACUUGUUGGAUCAUUGCUACUGCAGAUUGGGUCAAGAUGUGGAUAUUUCGGGGUACACAAGAAGGACGCUGUCCUGAUCCAGUUCCUGGUGCCAGCUCCACUCAACCGCCUCGGCCAGAUAAGGGUGCCCAUCUUCUGUGCACGGUCUGUACAGUGGCUCUGGCCAGCCCAGCUAUGUUUCUACCGUGGAACUGUCUUUGCAAGGUCAGAAUUAAGUUUUGGAAAGGAGAGGUGCUGGGGCGGAACGUCAUCCACAGCCCUCCGCAAAACCUUGGUCAGAGCGCUCUUCUGCAAUUCAUUCAGACUUUGGGGUGUUGUGGGGUUUCCCGGCCGUGUUCCAGUAGUAUUUCCUCCCAACGUUUUGCCUGCACCUGUGGCUGGCAUCUGGCGAAACAUCAGGGGAAAAUGGUACUGGAACACGGCCAUGCAGCCCGGAAACUCCACAACAACCCAGUGAUUCUUGACAACACGUUCAGACUUUCCUUCUCAUAUUUGUUGGAUGGAGACUAGAAGCUUUUCCCACCAUCAUUCAGGCGUGGCUGGAUUUGCACCUGAACUCUUCAGGAGGGAAUCCCUCAGAAGUGCUGGGUGGAGCAGAGGUUCUCUGGGUCUUCGCAGCAAUGCUUGUGUUUGUACAAAGUAAAAAUAAGUUCCCAGCCACUUUGAGUCUCAGCUGGGGAGAGGAGGAAGGAAUAGGUAAAUAAAUGCAAAUGUAUCCACCCUC